AAAACCAACCUAAUAAUGCCUUGCAAAGGAUGCGGAAAUAAUUGCCAGUGCACUUCCGGCCAAUGUGGUGGUAACUGUGCCGGAAACCAACAGUGCCAAUGUGCCAGUAAACCAACCUCGAAGUGCUGCCAGGGAAAAUAGUUGCGGCUCUAAAUACUUUAAUUCUUUAAUGAAAUCUCUGACUGAAUGUUGUAAUGUAAAGCUAAAUAAAUUAUAUUAUUAAACUCUUAUUUAAACCUU